CGGCUCGCCGCUGCGGCUUGCAAACAGGGAGGCGGCAAACGCGUAGCCGGUGCGCGUUGUAAAACCGGCCACUGGAGAAAGCGGGCGAGCGAUCCUGGAGGACGAGCGGGCCGUGGGUCGUCCGGGCGUGUUCCCCGAGCUGGUGGUCUUGCACGUGCGAAUGCAACCUGCUUUUUGGAUGCCAACCUUGUGUGUGUGAGAGAAGGAGAAGUUUGAUCAUAAAUUAAUUCCUCCCGAGUCCUCCUGGCUCUGGGCGUGAGGCGCGAUCGCCCCAACAGACGCGUGUCGCCCACGCUGCACUCUUCUGCGCGCCGAACUUCUUUCAGACUGAUCGUGCAGACUUGAAAGAUUCAGUAAGGAAGGAAGCCCUGGAUUUCAAAGGCGAGACCCCAGAACAGGGAAAGUGUGGAGAAGCUGAGAGGAGUUGGAUGAGCAAUUUGGACCACACCUUGCUGCCUGCAACACCUGAGAGAUGGCUUACCCUGUGUCGGCAGCGUGUUACGUGGUGCUAGCUGCGGUGGUGGUCGUUUAUGCUCAGAGGCACAGCCAGCAGGAAUCCCACAUUCACUACGCGCAGUUGGGGACUGACGUGACGCUACAGUGUGGGUCUGUGGACAGGGAUGCUGCGGUCACUUGGACGGCCAACAGCACCGACCUCGAUGCAUCCCAUCUCAACGGCUCCCGUCUCGUCCUCCGGAACGUAGACCUCUCCCACAGCGGACAGUACUCCUGCUACGAGGGCUCCUCAUGGCAUCUGAAGUACCGGGUCAACCUCAAAGUAGGAACGCCGCCCAAGGAGCCCGCAUUGAUGUGCCGGUCGAACAAUUACCCCAGCGGCUUCUACUGCAGUUGGCACAUGCCCAUCCCGACGUACAUUCCAGACACCUUCAACAUCACCGUAAUGCACGACUCCAAGGAGAUUGUGUGCGACAUGGACGUCUCCCUCAAAAACAGGUGCUACAUCCGGUACCUUCACCUUUUCUCCAGCAAGAAGUACAAGGUGACUUUGACGGUCACAAACGCCCUGGGCAGCAGCUCCACCUCCAUCUCUUUCGACGAGUUCGCGAUAGUAAAGCCGGACCCUCCAGAGAACGUGGUGGCUAAGCCCAUCCCCAACAACGCCCGGAGGCUGCUAGUGACGUGGCAGUACCCUUCCUCGUGGCCCGAUCCGGACUCCUUUCCCCUCAAGUUCUUCCUGAGGUACCGGCCGCUCAUCAUUGACCAGUGGCAACACGUGGAGCUGUCGGACGGGACGACCCACAUAAUCACCGACGCCUACGCGGGCAAGGAGUACAUCAUCCAGGUGGCAGCCAAGGACAACGAGAUCGGCACGUGGAGCGACUGGAGCGUGGCCGUGCAUGCCACGCCCUGGACCGAGGAGCCCAAGCAUCUCACCACGGAAGCCCAGGGAGCAGAGACGACGACCGCCAGCACCUCAGCCUUUGUGGUCCCCACCACCAGCAGCAUCGGGAACUCGGAGGAGCAAGGCAGCGAUGGAGCCAUCGCCCUGUCCUGGGUGGCUAGUCUGCUAUUGGUGGCUUUCAGCAUCCACUUUAUUUAACUCGGCCUCGGAGCCCCGCUGAGGAGGUCCCCGACUCACCGGAACGUCUGUCUUUGCUUCUGUUUUGCACAUGGUCUGAAGGACGUGUUCCGUUUCUCUUCAUCGCUGCACUUCCCGGAAGGCCGAGCCCCCCCAAAAAAAACAGAUCCAAGGGGGCCCAGGCUCUCCGCCCGCCCACCCGCCUGCCACCCAACAAACCACAAACUUUCCCGGAACUUUGCAAAGCCGCCUGACUAAACCUUCAAAAGGACAGAGCUCUCCUCACACGCGAAAGUGACAGGUGGGAAUGUGGGGUGGGAUCGGG